AUGGUGUCUUUUAUAUGUGAUGCCUGUGGUCAAACUGUGAAAAAGAAUAAGGUAGAAAAACACUACCAAACAGAAUGUCGAAAUUGUAGUGUAUUGUCAUGUAUAGACUGCGGUAAGGAUUUUCCUGGGGACGAAUAUGCUGGACACACUAGUUGCAUAUCAGAAGCUGAAAAAUAUCAAGGAAAACUUUAUCAACCGAAAGAGAAAGCAAAUAAAGGAGAGCUUAAACAACAAGAAUGGAUUAAGCAAGUACAACAGGCAGGUGAUGUGGCACAGAAUCCAAAACUGAAAGGAUACCUUAACAAAAUACAAGAGUAUUCAAAUGUUCCAAGAAAAAGAGCUAAAUUUAUUAACUUCUGCAAGAACAGUAUCAGAGUGUUUGACCAAAAUGUAUUGGAUCAGUUAUGGGAAGCUUUCAAUUCGAUGAAAAACAAGGGACAAAAGGAUGACCAGGAAAACUCAAAACCAACUAAUGAUGUAUCUGAUCAAUUGACCAAUGCCAAGAUAUGUGAGCUAUCCAAUGGCCCAAUUGAAGAGAAGACAAAAAAUAAAUCUAGAAAAACAAACAAGAGAAACAGGGAUUGCGAAUCAGAAGAUAAUAGUGUUUCCGUAGAAAACUGCAAUGGUAAUGAGGAAACUGAGCCCAGUUCAAAAUCAAAGAAAAAGAAGUCGAGACACAUUGAAAAUAACACUAUUGAAGAAAGUGAAAGUAUCAAUGUUGAUCUAAACAGUCAGGUUUCUCAAGGAAAAUUUAGUUGGCAAAAAGCACUCAAAAAAGUGUUGAAAGACGCAGGGGAAGAUGGGAUAUCCAUAAAAAGACUUAAAAAGAAGGUUAUUACAGAGUACAAUGCCCAUGGGACAAAUCACCAAGCAUCGACAACAGAUCAAUGCUCAGCCGUGUUCAAACAAAAGUUAGGAAAAUACAAAAACGCCAAGAUUGUCAAGGAACGUGUAUUUUACAAGAAAUAGAGCAUGUGUAUGAUUCUAGGUAUUUUUAUGGUGAAACCUUUUGGUUCAAAUAGUUUUAUUAAAUGUUUUAUGAAUUAAUCUUGUCUUGAUCUUUUUAA